UGAAACGUGCUCAAGGCAAAACAACAAACAGUAUUAAUAUGAUAAGGUUUUUUUAUUGCCAGUCUGCAGGUCCGGUGGCAGGCGCAUCUUGUUCCAAAUUUGGUUCCCGUGCAACGGCAAUGAUUGGCGGCGUUUUGACAACAACAGGGAUGCUCAUUUCCUCACAAGCUACGGACAUCCUAUUCCUCAUCUUUAGUCUUGGUAUUUUUACCGGAAUUGGAAUAAGUCUGUCCUUCAACCCGGUUUUCGUCUCACUUGGGAUGUACUUCAAUAAACGGCUGAAAUUAGCGUUUGGCUUGGCAGCAACUGGUGUGGCUACUGGGCAACUGGUGUUUCCACCUUUAUAUAACUAUCUUAUUGACCAAUACGGAUGGAGAGGGUCUAUGAUGAUUUUAGCCGCUGUGACGUUUCACUCAGUUGCUGCUGGCGCCCUCAUCCGACCACUGAAGACCAGAAAAGUUAAAGGAUCAUCUAAAAACAAACGACUUUCAACUAAAUCUAAUAAUAUUAAACUUGAGGAGACCCACUUUGGUAAUCUAAAUAACAAUGAGGGGAAAGAUGAAGUUGGAACCGACGGUCAUUUAAAGAUCAAUUCCUCACUCGAAACACCUGCUGCACAUGGAUUAGACACAGAUGAAGUUUUCAUGACAAGAAAUGAUGUCCCGAGUGACAAUAAGGACGACUCACACUCUUUGGUCUCUAGUUUAGAGGUAGGAUUUUCUGCCAUGGAGAAUAGAUACUGGAACAACUUCAUCAUAGCAAAACUAGAACAUUCACACGAGGAGCGGUUUGUGAAUGCCGCACAGGACUCCUUCACCCAAUUACCAAAAUAUGUGCCUUUCUGCAGUCGAGUAAGGAUACAUCUCAGGAAAACUCCGACAUUCAUAAACAAAUACUUUUGUCUUUCAAGUCUCCUCUGUAAUCGCAUGUUUGUUAUUGAAAUGAUUAUUUCUGCAUUGCAUGGUUAUGGAUGGGCUUCGACUACAUAUCACACGGUUGCACGAGCUGAGUCUGUUGGGAUUGGAACCGAUGCAGCUGCAUUGCUUCUAACAUUUGUAGGAGUUGGCAGCUUAAUUGGCAGGAUCAACAUCGGCUGGAUACUGGACAAGAAUUUCCUUCGGGUCGAAUUCAGUUACUGCUGGGCUUUAUUCAUCUGCUCUAUAUCAACUUAUGUUACGCCGAUUGUUGUAGGAUACUGGCUGUUAUCAGUGAUGUAUAUACUUCAAGGGAUGUCUUGUGGUGCAGCAAUGGUUAUGAUCAUGCUGCUCCCUCGAAUUUUCGUGAAACCAGAGGAAAUCACUGCGUCCAUGGCAUUGGUGAUGUUCGCUUGGGGUAUUGGCGAAAUAUCUGGUGGCUUUAUGGCAGGGUAUUUUUAUGACUCGCUUGGAAGUUACGACUACUCAUUUUAUGCCGCUGGAACAGCAAUGGCCAUCGCAUCAUUGCUGACACUUGUUUUAUACUUCUUGCAAAGAGCGAUUGAAAAAAGACGUCACUCACCAGCAAAAGAUGACAACGUCGACUUUGUCGAAGCUGGAUUGAACACGAUGGAUGCCGAAGAUGAAGAUACCAAAGCGAGUUUCGAGGAUGGAGGUGUUGGUAAUCCAAGUUUCUUCACCACAGAACAUUUGGCUUUGGGAAAUGUACAGUAUGGAUAUGAAAAAAGUGGAACAAUUUUGUCUGAGCGUAAAAAAACGAGCGAAGAUAAUGAAUGUACAAAUCUGAAAAGUUACCUUGGCAAGAUAGUGCCUGAAGAGAAAGUGAGAGAAGUUGAAAUAGUUUGUUCUUACAGUCAAGAUGAGUCUGACGAACUAGACAGUACCAACUUAACUAUGUGUGUUAAAGAUGUGACCAUUGAAAUAGGUUCAGAAUAUGAUUUUGUUGAAGACAGAAGUUGUCACAAUGAUAACAAUUGUGCGCAGAGUGAUGAUACCAUACACUCGACUCAUAAACCUAAACUUGAAAUUGAAAAUAAUACUGACAACACACUGCCUACCAAAGAGUCUAAUUGCUCACAAGGCUUAAGCUUUUAUGGAAAAGAUCUGUCACAAUCUUCAACAAAAUCAGAUUCUGAACUAAGUGAGGAUUCAGGCAUUGAUAACCCCAUGUACUCUUCGGAUUUUCCAAAAGAACAGAACGCUACUAUAAUAACGCAAACUUAACUUAGGAUUAGUUUAGGGUAAAUUACAGACACGAAAGAGAACACAUUUAACUUCACUUGCAAACUUUAGUUCCAGACCUGCGAUAGACGCGAACAUUAUGUACAAUUUAUGGCAUAAAAUUGUAUCAUUUAGCGAUUACUUUCAGUCAAUAAUAUUUACCGAUUGUCUCAACUCUUAUUUACAUUCACGGUCCUUAAAACCAAUAAUAUCUUAAAUCUGCUGUUAGUUUCGAUUAUCUGCAUAGUGCAUUGUGUGAUGGGUUGUUUGUAUCAAAAGAAAUGCUUACUUAACUUUAUUUUUGAAAUAGUAUGCAGUUUGUUGCCUGACGUUUUUAUGUUGAGUCUUCAGCGCCCAGGCUUCCCAUUUAGACAUUUUGAAAGUUGUAAACAUGAUCGAUG